AUGGCGCAAGAGGCUUCCAUGUUCUCAGCCAACGAUCUAGUCGCCGCCAACCACAGCUCUCUUGCGGGCGGCGACCUUGAGGUUAAGGAACUCCCCCUUCCGCUCGACUUUGACUGGGGUGCUGCCACGGCCGCGUACCAGAUCGAGGGCGGUGCCAGUCAGGAUGGCAAGGGAAAGUCCAUUUGGGACACGUACACCCACCUUGAACCUUCUCGCACCAACGGCCAAAACGCCGACGUCGCGUGCGACCACUACAACCUCAUGCCCCAGGACGUCGAGCUCAUGUCGUCUCUAGAAAUGGGCGUCUACCGUUUCUCUAUCUCCUGGUCGCGCAUCAUCCCCCUCGGUGGCCGUGACGACCCGGUCAACGAGCAGGGGAUCGCCUUCUACAGCAAUCUCAUCGACCAGCUUCUCGCCCGGAACAUCGAGCCCGUCGUCACCCUGUACCACUGGGACGUCCCGCAGGCGCUUUACGACCGCUACGGUGCCCUACUCAACACCGAUGAGUUCAGGGCCGAUUUCGAGCGUUACGCUCGUCUCUGCUUCAGCCAUUUCGGCGACCGCGUCAAGAAAUGGGUCACCUUCAACGAGCCGUACAUCAUCGCCAUCUUCGGCCAUCUCAACGGCACCCUCGCCCCCGGCCACUGCGCCGAACGCGGCAACAACACCAAGAACGAGCCCUGGCGCGUAGGCCACACCCUUAUCCUCUCCCACGCCUCCGUUGUGCAAAUUUAUGCGUCAGAGUUCCGUCCCACCCAGAAAGGCUCCAUCUCCAUCGUGCUCAACGGCCAUUUCUACGAGCCUUUUGACACUUCGAAUCCCGCAGAUGUUGAGGCGGCGGAGACGAGGAUGAUCUUUUAUAUUGGUUGGUUCGGAGAUACCAUCUUCCUCGGCAAGGAUUACCCCCCCGAGAUGCGCGAGUACCUCGGGGCUCGUCUUCCACAGUUCACGGAAGACGAACGUGAGCUCCUCCGCAGAACUGCCCCUAUCAAUGCCUUUUACGGAAUGAACCACUACUCUACCAAAUACGCUCGGGCUCUGCCUGAUCCGCCGGCGGAAGACGACUGGACGCGCAACAUCGAGGAGGGCUCCGUCAACAGCAAAGGCGAGGAGAUUGGGCCUGCAUCUGCAAUGGCGUGGCUCCGUAUUGCACCCGAGGGGUUCAGGAAACUGAUGAACUGGGUGUGGAACCGCUAUCGCCUCCCUAUCAUCAUAACCGAGAACGGUUGCCCCUGCCCCGGCGAAGACGACGUGGAACGCGCCAAGGACGACUCGUUUCGGCAACGGUACAUUGGAUUGUACCUCGAUGCCAUCUCACGUGCCAUCUACGAGGACGGGGUCAAAGUACAGGGCUACUAUGUGUGGAGUUUGAUGGAUAACUUUGAAUGGUCGGCUGGUUUCGGUCCUCGCUUCGGCGUUGUUCACGUUGACUAUGAAACUCUUGUCAGAACCCCUAAGAACUCGGCGUAUUAUCUGAGGGACACUUUUAAGCGGCGUCGAACUGUGGUCGGUUCGCAGAAGCAGGCUACAUAG